AAUGCCCGACUUGGAGCAAUGAAAGAAAGAGUCCCUACAUCAAGAGCAGCAGAGACUCCAGAACAGCACAAUGCCCGACUUCAAGAAUUCAGGGGAAAACGGAUGAAUACAGAGUAGUGAUUACAGAUGAUAAAAAGCCAGUGGGAGAACAUGAACGUCACUUCAAUGCUCCACAAACGAAGUUGCGAUUGUUAUUUCAGGUGAGGAAUUUGAGCAACGUGACAUCAUAAUCCAAAGGUGCAGUAAUUCACUACAGCACAUAGCAGAAACGCAUCGAUGGUAUGAUGCACUUCAAUACCCACUGAUAUUUUGGCAAGGUGAAGAUGGGUAUCACUUCAACAUCAUGCAAAUCAACCCAACUUCAGGUGCACCAACUAAUAAAAAAGUCUCAGCAAUGGACUACUAUGGAUACAGAAUAAUGAUUAGAAAUCAUGUUUCUAAUCAUAUUUUAAAUUAUCGGUAGCUAUUUCAUCAAUUUAUUGUUGAUAUGUAUGCAAAAAUUGAAACUGAGCGUCUUCUCUUCAUACGCCAAAAUCAAAAGAAACUUCGAGUGGAUGAAUACAUCCACCUAAGGGAUGCUGUCUCCAAUGAUACAAGUGUUGAUAACAUUGGGAAAAUGGUAAUUCUACCUGCUACAUUCACAGGAAGCCCAAGACACAUGCACGAAUAUGCUCAACAUGGCAUGACAUACGUGAGAUCUUAUGGACGCCCUGACUUAUUUAUUACUUUCAUGUGUAAUCCAUCCUGGCCAGAGAAAAAAGAAGAACUUUUAUUCGUACAGACACCCAGUGAUCGUCAUUAUUUAAUAGCAAGAGUGUUCAAACAAAAACAAAUGAAGUUAAUCCAUGUAAUAAAUAAGAGCCAUGUAUUUGGAGAAACACGAUGUUGGCUGUACUCGAUCGAAUGGCAGAAAUGAGGACUUCCACAUUCCCAUAAUCUAAUUUGGCUGAAAGAAAAAGUUCAUCCAACUGAAAUAGACAAUGUUAUAUCUGCUGAAUUCCCAAAUCCAUUUGAAGACUCUACCCUCUAUGCAGUGGUGACCAAAAAUAUGAUUCACGGACCGUGUGGAAACCUUAAUAUAAACGCACCAUGUAUGAAGGAAGGCAAGUGCAGUAAGAAAUAUCCCAGACAAUUGGUUACAGACACACAAACUGGACAUGACGGUUAUCCUCUCUAUAGAAGACGAGCACCAUCAGAUGGUGGCUUCACAGCAAAGCUCAAGAUUAGAGGCAACACAGAAGUAGAAGUGGACAACAGAUGGGUUGUUCCAUAUUCUCCACUCCUUUCUAAAAUGUUUCAAGCACACAUUAAUGUUGAAUACUGUAACUCAAUAAAAUCCAUUAAGUACAUCUGUAAGUAUGUGAACAGGGGAAGUGACAUGGCGGUUUUUGGACUCACUAACGAAAACAGAAACGAUGAAGGAUCUCAAUACCAGCUGGGAAGAUAUAUCAGCAGUAACGAAGCAGUUUGGCGGAUUUUCAGUUUUCCGAUCCAUGAACGCCAUCCAAUUGUUGUUCACCUUAGUGUACAUUUAGAAAAUAGUCAAAGAGUCUACUUUAUAACAGAUAAUGCUGAAACAGUUGCUGCUGAACCACCAAAUACAACCUUGACAGCAUUCUUUCAGCUGUGUGAACAGGAUUUGUUUGCAAGGACACUGCUAUAUCCCGAAGUUCCAACAUAUUACACAUGGAAUGCAUCCAGGAAAGUCUUCUCCAAAAGAAAACAAGGAGCAUCAGUUUCAGGACAGGAUGCUGUUGUUACCGAAGCCUUGGGUCGUGUGUACACCGUUCAUCCUAACAAUGCUGAAUGCUUUUUUUAAGAAUACUACUUCACACUGUUUGGGGACCAACGUCUUUCACAUUUUAAAAAACUGUCAAUGGAGAGGUGUGUAAUACUUUUAGAGAGGCAUGCCAAAAGCUUGGAUUAUUACAGGAUGAUCAACAUUGGAAUUUUACUUUAUCAGAAGCAGCUUUGCAAUCUUCACCAGCUCAAAUAAGAAACCCUUUUGCCAUCAUCCUGACAACUUGCUAUCCAUCAAACCCUAAUGGAUUAUGGGAGAAACACCAAGAAAGCAUGAGUGAAGACAUACUUGCAAAACUUCAAAGAGACAAUCCCACCAUUGACUUAAAAUUUUCUAGAGAAAUUUUUAAUGAGGCACUUAUACUAUUAGAAAACAGAUGUCUGGCCAUCAGUAACAAAACAUUACAACAAUUAGGUGAACAGCCUCCAGAACGAAAUAACUAUGAGGUCUUCAACAAUGAACUUAUGAGAGAAAAGAAUUAUAAUACUGAAGAACUACUAAUAUUUGUACAAUCAAGAAAACCUCUAUGAAAUCAUGAUCAAAGAAAAGUAUAUGACACCAUAAUGGAUAACAUCAGAAGCCGAAAAGGUGAUAUACUUUUCCUUGAUGCACCUGGAGGAACAGGAAAAACAUUUUUAAUUAAUUUACUACUUGCUGAAAUUCGUGCAAGUAAUGAUGUGGCACUUGCACUUACUUCUUCUGGGAUUGCAUCAACACUGAUGGAUGGAGGACGAACAGCACACGCAGCAUUAAAAUUGCCACUAAACAUUGCCAACGAACAGCAUCCAACCUGUAAUAUCAGCAAAACAUCUGGGCAGGCACAAGUGUUAAAAAUGUGCAAAGUCAUAGUGUGGGAUGAAUGUACUAUGGCACAUAAGAAAUCACUUGAAGCCCUUGACAGAACUUUACAAGAUCUAAGAGGAAAUAAUGAACUGAUGGGAGGAGCUCUGGUAGUUUUUGCUGGAGACUUUCGUCAAACUCUUCCCAUCACUCCAAAGUCAACGCCAGCAGAUGAGCUUAAUGCUUGCCUGAAGGCUUCCAUUUUUUGGAGACAUGUGAAAAAAAUGACAUUACAAACAAAUCUGAGGGUCCAACUUCAAGGAGAUCCAAAUGCUCAACCUUUUGCAGAGAAGCUCCUUCAAAUUGGUGAAGGUACUUUCCCCACUGUCUUGACAUUAUGCGAAAGCCACUUUCCAAAUGACUUCUGUACCAUUGUGACAUCAGUUGGUGAACUUAUAAAUAAAGUCUAUCCAAACAUUUCAGAAAAUUUUAAACAACACACCUGGUUGUGUGAAAGAGCCAUCCUCGCUGCUAAGAACGAUGCAGUCAAUGAAAUCAACAAGCAUGUUCAAGACAUGAUUCCAGGCUCCGUAACAGAAUAUAAAUCCAUCGAUACAGUAGUGGAUGCUGAUGAAGCUAUAAAUUAUCCAACUGAGUUCCUCAACUCCCUUGAUCUACCUGGGAUGCCAUCUUAUCGCCUGCCACUUAAAGUGGGAUCCCCCAUUAUGUUGCUUAGAAAUCUCGAACCACCAAGGUUAUGUAAUGGCACAAGAGUGUGCAUCAAAACAUUGCUGCCCAAUGUCAUAGAAGCUACAAUAUUGACUGGGAAGGGGAAGGGUGAUGAUAUAUUCAUCCCUCGCAUUCCACUAAUUCCAUCAGAUUUGCCAUUUCAUUUUAAGGGAUUGCAGUUCCCAGUAAGACUGGCAUUCGGGAUAACCGUCAACAAGGCACAGGGCCAGUCAAUAAAAUACUGUGGUAUUAACUUAAAGUCACCGUGUUUUUCCCAUGGACAGUUAUAUGUCGCAUGUUCAAGAGUAGGUUCCCCAAAUAAUUUGUUUGUUUAUGCUCCAGGUGGAAAAACCAAAAAUGUUGUUUAUAAACAGGCUUUACAAUGAACUCACUAUUCUGCCAUGUUGAU